GGGGGGAGCCUGAGAGCCUGGGGGGGCUGCAAAAAGAGAGAAAGAAAACAGCAGGAACCACAACAAAACGCCAGCAGGGCGGGCGGGCGCGCAGCAGCAGCGGGGCGGCCGAGGCAGUAACGGCGGCGGCAGCGGCGGCGGCACAGGCAGAGGCCGGUGCCCGGCUCGGGCUCGGCUCCGGCGACCCCGGGGCGCCCGGUGGGCCCCCCGCCCCCUCCCCCUCCCCCCUUCCCCUUCCCCUUCCCUUCCCAGCGCUCCCGCGCGCCCCGCGGCCCUCGGCGAGCAGCUCGGCUCCCCCCAGCUCUCCCCGGGCCCAAAGAUAUGGCAAUGGUAGUUAGCAGCUGGCGAGAUCCGCAGGACGACGUGGCCGGGGGCAACCCCGGCGGCCCCAACCCCGCAGCGCAGGCAGCCCGCGGCGGCGGCGGCGGCGAGCAGCAGCAGGCGGGCUCCGGCGCACCGCACACGCCGCAGACCCCGGGCCAGCCCGGAGCGCCCGCCACCCCCGGCACGGCGGGGGACAAGGGCCAGGGCCCGCCCGGUUCGGGCCAGAGCCAGCAGCACAUCGAGUGCGUGGUGUGCGGGGACAAGUCGAGCGGCAAGCACUACGGCCAAUUCACCUGCGAGGGCUGCAAAAGUUUCUUCAAGAGGAGCGUCCGCAGGAACUUAACUUACACAUGCCGUGCCAACAGGAACUGUCCCAUCGACCAGCACCACCGCAACCAGUGCCAAUACUGCCGCCUCAAGAAGUGCCUCAAAGUGGGCAUGAGGCGGGAAGCGGUUCAGCGAGGAAGAAUGCCUCCAACCCAGCCCAAUCCAGGCCAGUACGCACUCACAAACGGGGACCCCCUCAAUGGCCACUGCUACCUGUCCGGCUACAUCUCGCUGCUGCUGCGCGCAGAGCCCUACCCCACGUCUCGUUAUGGCAGCCAGUGCAUGCAGCCCAACAACAUCAUGGGCAUCGAGAACAUCUGCGAGCUGGCCGCGCGCCUCCUCUUCAGCGCCGUCGAGUGGGCCCGCAACAUCCCCUUCUUCCCGGAUCUGCAGAUCACCGACCAGGUGUCUCUGCUACGCCUCACCUGGAGCGAGCUGUUCGUGCUCAACGCGGCCCAGUGCUCCAUGCCCCUGCACGUGGCGCCGCUGCUGGCUGCUGCCGGCCUCCACGCCUCGCCCAUGUCCGCGGACCGCGUCGUGGCCUUCAUGGACCACAUCCGCAUCUUUCAGGAACAGGUGGAGAAGCUCAAGGCGCUGCACGUCGACUCUGCCGAGUACAGCUGCCUCAAAGCCAUCGUGCUGUUCACGUCAGACGCUUGUGGCCUGUCGGAUGCUGCCCACAUCGAAAGCCUGCAGGAGAAAUCGCAGUGUGCACUGGAGGAAUAUGUGAGGAGCCAAUAUCCCAACCAGCCCAGUCGCUUUGGCAAACUGCUGCUGCGAUUGCCCUCUCUUCGUACAGUGUCCUCCUCUGUCAUCGAGCAGCUCUUCUUCGUCCGCUUGGUAGGUAAAACCCCCAUCGAAACUCUCAUCCGGGAUAUGCUGCUGUCUGGGAGCAGUUUCAACUGGCCUUACAUGUCCAUCCAGUGUUCCUAGACUCUGGGCAUUUCCACCUGCUCCUGGCCCCCACCCCCUAGAGACUAAGAGGACUCACCCAGACCAAGGACUCCAAAGCCUUGGGAUGCUGGUAGGAUGGACCAGACAGGCCAGACAGAGGGGAGGAGGCUGGGGACAAGGGCAGCCAACUCUGCAGCAAGGCAGCCUAAGCUGCGAACUAGGAGGAAAAGAGACUUAUUUAGGGUCUGAUCUAUUAUGUAAGUAUAUUGGAAAGGAAAAAGAAAAAAGGACCUCAUGUCUGGUGAGAAAAUGGCAACAAAUUUUUCGGAGAGAGGACCUUGAGAAAUUUAAUAAAAUCGAAGGAUUCUAAUGGACCUUCCAGGAUUUAUUGUGGAUGGAUGUGGAUAUAUUCUGUACAGAAAACAACUCAUAUGGGAGCGGACUGAAUUCUAUGUAGAAACACACACACACUGAACAUUGUUAUUCAUUUUGUAAAAUACUAGUCUUUAUUUUCAUUUUUUGUAAAAUUUAAACAUCGUAUGCACAUAAAGAAAAAAGGAACAAGAUUAGGGGAAAAUAACAUUUUCCAAAUAAUUAUAAAAAAUGUCCUGUGUCUAUGUAUCUAUAUCUGUUUUGUAUUUUUUUCUGGUUCCAAACCAGAUUUCCUGUGAUUCUAUACUAAUAAUUUUUGAUAUAACCCUUUGCUUCUUACAAUGAGUGCGAUAUAUGUUGUCGAGGCUGUUCUUCAAGAAUUAAAAUUGAAGUGAAAAUUUAAACAAAAAUAAAAGAAUUUAGCAAAACCCAUGUGUCUGG